UCUAUCCUUGGGGGUUUGGAAGCUAAUUGCCGAGAACUGAUGGCUUUGCGGCUGGGAUGGCUCAGGCAGGACAACCAGCAGGUCGCUUUCGGGGACAGCUGAGUCUUCGAAAUCAAAAAAGGCGAGCAUGUGGGCGGUAGACUCCGCGAAGCUCAGCAAUGUUUGGUCCUCCUGCUUGACGACUCGGAUACAGAACCCGAAAAUGGGUAUGCCAAUAUCGCAGAAAUUCAGACUAUUAAGCGCCAUGGUAGCUUUGCGAUUUGGCGACGAUCUGGAAGAUGCGGCUGUACGGCACAGUCCGGUUAAGAUAAACAAGAGGUGCUUCAACCCCCGCCGUGUUCCACCUCCACGUGCCUCACGCGCCCCGCGUACGAGCACCAGACAUGGUCAGAUGGCGGAUGAGGAAAGCCUGUUUUGGGGAACAGCGCCGACGCUAGACGUGUGGAACACAUGCCGUACGCGUGCCACGCGAGGAUGUUUCCAUUCCAUUCCCCCAGGCGUGGCUUUUAGACUAAUGGAAACCGGUAGUGACCUUUUGGACGACCAGGAACUAGAGCCUAGCAGCUUCUCAUGUGCCGACAUAGAGCUGUCACGCAGCCCAAAGAAGCGGUACGGUAUGUGUUGGGCCUUGAGGUUUACGGACUAGUGAACGCCGGUCGCCGCACGACGACGACUACUACUUCUACUACUACAUUAUUCAUGAACAGCAUUCAG